AUGGGUUCAAUCUACUUAGAAGACCGUUAUUGUCGAGCUAAAGGCUGCGGGAGAACCAAAUGCGAUCAUUGCAGCUACUGCCACCAUCGAGGUCAUUCCAUCCACCAAUGUCCACUAGCAACACCUUGCAAGUUUUGUGGCGAUAAGAGCCAUAAAACCGAACGUUGUCCCAAUGGAGACAGGGCAACACCUGUCACAUUCAAGCAUGGCCGUCUUCCGCGAAAUGAGCCGCGAAAUCAGUCGCGAAAUCAGUCGCGAAAUCAGACAUCGUUUCUACGUAUUCAGUCACGCGAAGGUGACCUGUCGUACAAUAUAACGCUCACUCCACCGAGUCACGAUUCGCUUGCUUGGCUCGAUGUACCAAGCGAGGUUAGGGAGGUUGAUAUUUCCUGCCCUGCCGUUGUUCUGCAAAAAGAUCUCGUGUUCCCCGAUCUGACCAAAUUAUGUCGAUCCGUUAUUGCCGAAAUCCUCAGUAAUCGCCUUCCUGGAGUAACCCCUUCCCAAAGGGAUGUCAUCCAAUGCAAGCUUGGCUCAAGAGAUCUGGCCGCUUAUCUCAUAUCGUUUGUUUGCCCCGAGAUCAAACAUCUUCAAGGGAAAUUGGUCACGCGGGAGCGCCUGGGCAUAAUCAAGGACUUGCAAAUCAAGGAUGGCAAUGACUGGAGCGGGACGUCUAUGGGGUACCUAGACUACGUGACAGACAGUCGAAAUCCCGGCUACAUUCGAAUGUAUGUUGGUCAGAGUCUUGAAGCACGCCGAAGGCUUUUCAGUCAGCAUAGCCAGUCGAUGUUGAGAGGAGACACCUCAUGCCUCCAUUACUUCGUCGUCUGGCUAGGAAAUGGUAGACGCACAGCCAAUUUCAUCAGACUAUGGGAAUUCCCUCGUGGAGAAGGGGAUUCUGACACGAUGGGGGAUAUAAUCCAACGGAACAUUCUUGAGGCAGUUCUCUGUCGAGCCUUCUCUACUCAUCACGGAAGUCUUACGACAUGUGACAAUGAGUCUGGCCUUGCAUCAGGAUACGGUCUGAACGUCAUGACACCACUUGCCCAGGCAAGUGCUGUCGGGGACUAUCUUCAAUCGUUUCGGUCUGCGGCAAAAGCCAAGACAAUGCAGCAUAUCUUACCAAACGAUGGGAUUGGAAGGAGUCUGCCAGUAUAUAAGGACUGCCUUCGUGCUGCAGUUGGGGAGGGCUACUUCCAAGCUCUAUCAGAUUUCUUUGCAUUGAAUCACCCUCCAGACGUUGACGCUACUGCCACAUCUCCGGUAGCAAAGUUCGCUGGCAACCUUUCUGCAAAGAUCGGAGUAUUAUUGGACUACUCAAUGGUUUCGGCAGCAGAGGAUUACUCAAAGACCUCGCAUCAGAUUCCCAACCAAGAGAAUAAAAUCCCGUGGCAAAUUAGAGGCUUUGGCUUUGAUGCAUCCAAUGUCCUUGUUUGGACGUAUGAUUUUAUGCCUUUUACGACCCUUCAAGAGAGCUGUCCCACGGGUGUUACGCCUUGCUCAUCACGCAACGGGUCGCAUCGCACACUCGUAGAGGCGAGCCGUGUCAAAAUUGUCCUGUUAUGCGGCCCUCGAGCCGAGCAGGUGAUCCGUGGAGAAUUUCAGAACCUGACAAAAUCGGAACUUCAUCUGCGAUAUAACUUUACCAUAUAUUUUGACGACAAUUGCCCAAGACUUUUCAUUCGAUGUCCGGAGUUGCCUUCACGCCCUUCUGCAGUACCUUACCACCACAACUCCAAGAUUGGAGAGGCAGUGCGCUUUGCUGCAAAGAUGACAGGAGUGGAAGGCCUACGUACAGCAUUCCUUGAAACGAGUACCGUGAUACAAUAUAUUCUCUGCCAGAUCAAGGCCGAGAGACUCGGCACAGCUAAGCCUAUGACUACCCAAACUAUCCCUGAAGGGGUAAAGUUUUGGCUUUUGAACCGAGGAUUUAGGGGUCUCGAUGACAUUUCACAGCUUGAGAAGCUAUCUGGGACUCUCAGCCGCGGUUUGUUAGUGGUUUUACACGGCCGAGCAAAGCUUGCGAGAGAGGGCAAGAUACGGUCUAAUUGGCUUUGGCGUCAACUUCAUUUAAAACGUGGAAAGCAGGAAGUUCGCGCCUAUGAGCGUUUCGACCCUGAAAUGUAUGCUCUAGCUAGGGCCUUUUAUUCUGAGCUCGCUGCACUUAGCGACAAAGAAGUCUUGGAAAGUUGUAGCUCACGUGCUCCCGAUGCCGGUGUGAUCUCAAAGGAUCACCAUGAUAAAGACGACAAUCAUCAUGGUGAAGAGAAAUAUGAGAACGUGCCUACAGCUACCACAGAUCUUUCCUCAGCAUUGCAAAGUUCACUAUCUGAGGAACCAGAGAUGGGGGAUCUGGCAGCAACUAUUGACCCAGCCAUAAUCGCCAGCAUCACCAAUGGCGACAAUUAUCCGUUGGCUAACAUGUUCAAAGCCGAGAACCAACGGAAGACUGUCUCAGACAAGCCACGAUGCAGCGGAGUUUCAAAGUGGACAGAGGAGGCGGAACGCUACAAAGUUACCCCGUACAGGUACAAUUUGCCCAACUCUACGCGAUAUAAACACCGCCGAAUCAGCGUGGGGCAUUGUCGAAUCCUGUUUGACAUUAAUCUCAAAGUCAAAGAUGACGUGGUAGACGUCUGGAUCGAGAUCAGCCCCCACAACAGCACACACCCAAAUCACUACGCGACAAGUGCAUUACCUAAAGACCCUGCCACUCGCUUGGCUUUCUUGGUUGUCUAUACAGAUGGCACCACUUAUCAAGAAGUUAAGGCUUAUGCAUUUUUCCAUGGAUAUAGUGCUGCGUGUAGAGCGAACACCUUGGUGGACUAUAUUGACAAAGGCAAAGAGGACGAGGAUAUUGCACUGACUCCAAGACGAUACUUGGAUAUUAGACGUGUAAGAGCAAUUCAGAGCAGUGGUUUGGGUGUCAUUGCCAAAGGAGGAUUUACAGAUGAUCUGCUAGGCCUGGAUCGUGAAGGUGAUGAUGGUAAUAAGAAUGAGGAUGAAUGA